AUGAAUCCAUUUGAUGAGCUUCCAUGUGAGAUUCUAUCCAUCAUCAUCACAGAAGCAGCGGAUUGGGUGGCCCUCGAAAGCCUUUUGCAAGUCUCUUCGAGGGUACGAGGACCCUUUGCUGGGGAUGGCGAGACCCCCGGAAACUGUGAAGCCAUUUAUAUAGUCAAAUCCAUAUUGACAGAAAAUACUAUGAUGCAUCACGAACUGCACGGCCUGUUUUGCAAGUGUAUUGCACUGCGCCAGUCCUCGUUGGCAGUUACUAGUCUCGAGCAGUUCAGGUCCGGGGACUAUGAUCAGUUGUCUGUGGCCUUCAAUUCAUCAAUAUCCCAAGCUUCGCUACGAGAGAUGGUGCAUGUCGGAGCUAACAUCCAACGGCUUGCAUGCGCUUGUUUGACCACAUUCCUGAGCAGGAUUCGGGGAAUUAAACCGCGGUACCUCACGCCAAGUGGCGAUGCACCAUACGAGCCGCGCGAAGCAGGCCCUCCCUCAUGGAUUGAAGAGUUUCGAGUCUAUCGCGCGUUGUGGCACUUCCAGUUCUACUCUGACCUGUUGGGUGCGGCUGAGCGACUAGACUUUCCGCAGGAAGACCUCGAGCUCUUGCGGACAAAGCCCCUCGCCUGGGAUAAUCCGUCUAGAAAAAUGAUGUCUGAACUUCUUUCGGUAAACGAAUGGCUGUGGGGUAUGUUCUGCGAGAAAGAAUUUUCCCCUACAAAACUCCCAGCGGCGAUGAUUUACCCCAAUAGCUAUCCAGAAUACGUGGAUCCUCUCCCUGAUCCUUCACAAUUGCAAGACGAAUAUUCGGUCUGGGCGCCUCCAGCUCUUCCUAUAAUUCCCUCUGAUGAUAGAGGUUCAUACGACUUUUGGGGCCAGGGAUCCGAAAUGGUCAACAGACUACGUGCGUCGAACGGACUCCACAUUUCCUCUGUGAGGAUUGACUAUGGCACACCAUCAGAACGUGGGUCCGUCUACUGCUACAGUGAUAAUCCAAUGUGGCGCGAAAUUGGUCUGAAAAUAUGGGAUGAUUGGCGGUUAUAUUGCCUUGGUCUUUGGUACGCGUUUGAUCAUCAAGGGCUGCGAAUUGAAAACAUCCUGUGUCCAGAUGGAUCCCAUAUCUCACAUGGCUGCUCUCCAAAGGGUAACGUGCAGGAUUUCGAUUACCGGUUGUCCUUCUUUUUCAAGCCCAGAGUGCUGGCAAGGAAAGAAUUUUAUUAA